AUGGAAACGUCCAAACCUCUCGGCGCGGUCAACGCUCGCUUUUUCAAGCGCGUUGCCGCGUGGGCUUUCGUCUUCAGUCUCUCGGCCGGCGUCGUCCUUGCCUUGUCCUUCUUUGCCACCGAAAGACAUCAGCGCCAACGAUUCUCGGAUGCUGCCGCGGCAUCUGCUUUCAAGACGUCCCCCAUCCCCAAGUGUGGGGCGUUUACUGGCUCCGACCAGAUAUGGGAGGAAUCGCAGCUCAGGUAUCGGCAUUUGCGCGAUGACAAGUUCACCAUCGCCAUGCAGACCUACCGACGGCCGAAAGAGCUCAACGAGACGCUGCGCGCUUUGCUGGACGAGGAAAUCCCCUCGCUUGCCGAAGUUGUCGUCGUCUGGAACGACGUGGAAAGCCCGCCGCCGGGGAAUUUCAAAUCCAGGCACGGCGUGCCCGUGCGCUACAGGCAGUCCCCGGAGAACAGCCUGAACCAGAAGCUGUGGCCGGACCCCGCGUACGAAACCCAAGCCAUCUUCUUGUCGGAUGACGACAUUCAUUACAAGCCCAAGGACCUGGAGUUUGUGUUUCAGGCGUGGCGCAAGUUUGGGCGGCGGCGAAUGACCGGGGGCUUCACCCGCUGCGCCGUGCAGGAGGCGAAUGGCCGGUGGAAGUACUCCUUUUGCUCCGCCGACCAAGGGCAGGACUACUACAACCUGAUACUGUCUGGUCUCGCCUUUGCGCACAUAUCCUUCAUGGAUUACUACUCUUCCCAGGACGAGAUUCCCAAAAGGAUCCGGGCCUAUGUCGACCAACAUUUCAACUGUGAAGAUAUCGCCAUGAAUUACCUCGUCUCCUUGUUGACAGGAGAGGGCCCUCUGCUUGUCAAGGGUAAAGACGCCUACGUCAGCUUUGUCCCAGCGAACGGAAUCAGUACCAGACCUGGACACAUCGAGGCUCGAAGCCAGUGUCUUAACGACUACAACGAGCUGUUCAAGUGCAUGCCCCUCAUCAACGAAACCGUGCAUAUCGAGCCUGGCGUCAUUAUUUCCUAG